UUUAAACAUCAGUAACAGUUACUGGUGUAUCUCAUUAUGUAUAUCUUUUCGAAAUUUCACUCGCGAAUUUUUACGAAUAUUUGUCUUUUUCAUGAAUCACUACAGAUUUUCGCCCAAUACCUUCGAAGAAUCAUACUGCACUGGUUCCCCGAUGCACCUAAUGUACACAUAAGUCAACGAGUGGGACAACUAUGGAGAAAACUAGAUUUGAAAAUGCGUGGUAAAUACAUAGAUGAAGCUUUUCGCUUGCAACAGUUACAUGCCAUAGAAUUUCCUGACUAUAAGUAUAAACCUAAAAAACGUGCACGUAAUGUAAAUAGCGAUGACAACAAAAUUGAAGCUGAUGAAUGUAUUCCCAAGUCAGAAAUCGUCGUACAAAUUACAUCGAAAUCGAUUACGCCUAAUAACAACAAUGAUUGUAAAAUGAACCAUGAAAAUGUUGCAUUUCCCGUUGAUCAAAAUUUUUCCACUCGCUUGAACAAUCAAAAUUCUGAUGAAAAUCAUGCUCAAAACCAAACGCCAAUGAUAAUUGAACAAAACCGAACAUCUGUUGUUAGCUCUAUCAAUUGCUGCAGAAAUUACUUACAACCAAAUCCACAGGUAAAUAAUAAAUUGAACAUGGAAUUAUACCAACCAGUAAAAGUAGAUUAUAAUUAUUCCCAUGCAAUACGUGUUAACAAUCCAUAUGACAAAAGAGUGUUCAUAUCACCUGCCAUAAAUGACAACUAUAUUUCUAAAGAAAAUAAAGAAGUCGACGAAACAAUGACAUUAUUAGUUACUGAUAGUGGGGACAUCGAACAUGUAACUUAUCAAUUGCAUAAAAUUAUACCAUGUCAAACUACUGACGGAAUAACUGAAUCUCUGAUAUCACCAUCGUCACUAAACCAGGGAAAUCAAAUCAAGGAAAUCCGAAUUUUGAAUAUACAGUCACCAACUGUUCAACAACUUGUAAAUGAACAACCAAUGAUAUAUCGUACUUUCCUGUGUGAACCUCCCAAAGCGACUUUUAUUCGGCAAUCUACAGUAAUCCCAAUUAAAACUAAUUCCUCAAUGUUAAAUGGCAUGCUGCUGGAUACUAAUAUGAAUAAUUUAAGUUUUCAGCCAUUCAUUACACAAACAACUGACAGCACUACGUCAUACUUACCUCCGACUUCAUCUAAAAUUGGAUUUAAUCAUGAUAAAGUAAAUUCUAAUCCUUUGUCGGAAAUCAAACUAGGAAAUAUUGAAUCUCAAUAUAACAACUUGCCGAGCACCUGUAACCAUAAUAUAAGUUAUCCAAGAGAAAGACUAAGUACAAAAUAUGUUAGAAAGGACAGUCAGGUGUUAAAUUAUAAACAAGAUGUUAGUGAUGAAAAGUCUGCUACUACUGAUUUAUAUGGUAUUGAUGAGAAAUUUCUCGGUGUGUUAUCCAGUCGUCAUAUAAACACGUCCCUAUUCGUGGAGAACCUCAAGUCAAAGUAUGAAGACGAAAAUGUCGAUACAACACUCAGUUUUAAUGAUAUUGAAACAUGCAAGUCAGGAACUUCACUUGACGAACUUGAACAGAUCACUUUAUUUUCUUGUGAUAGUAAUAACGACUUCUUACAGACUAUACACUCUUCGAAUCUACCGACUGAAAACUCCCCAUUAAUUUUACAGUCUGCAAGUAUUAACAACUGCCCACAAACGAAACUAUCGCCUAAAGACUCAGUCUUACGUACAGAUGACUUCACACACCCUAACGGCUUGCCAAGUAUUGAAUCAUGGACAUUUGGAACAUCAAAGUCUUUCCGACGAAGUUGAAAUAUUUCUUUUGACUUUUCUUAUAGAAAUCGUAUUCUUUUUGAUAAGAUGCAUCUCUCUUGUAAAAAUUGAUUUUUGGAAACAAUUUUCCUUUUAGUACAAAUGGAAGUGAAGGCGAAUAUGAAAAUAUUUUCUCAAUUAUUUUCCACUUUACAGUUAUUUUUGAAUGGGACCCACUUUGCUUUAUUUUCCUUUUAUGAUCAACUUUUGGUAAAUGCUUGAAAGAUAAUUUUGAAUAUUUAUUACUAUCUGCCAAUUGGUGAACAGAUCGAACAUAAUAUGCUAUUUAUAAUAUAAAUUCUUA